CUCCUAAUUCACUUUCUUCUUUCACACCUCUCUCAAAAAUCCCACCUUUUUUCAUCUAAAAAGCACCCUCCUUUAACAACAAACCCAUCUCAUCUCAUCUCAUCUCAUCUCAUCUCAUCUCAUUAGGGUUCGCUUCACUUCACUUCACUUCUACUCAACUCUCUCUAAUGCCUUCACACAAAAUAAUGCCUAAACUUUUCUUCAUUUUCUCGCUUGCUCUUUUGCUCUUCAUCGGUGCAUCUUCUGCAGCUCCUUCUACCUCCCCUGCUGCAAGGAUUGUUAAUGGCCUUUUCUCCAAUCUUGCUUCUGCUGCCAUCAAAUGGGCCUCGUCUCUCAAAUUCAAAACUUCUACCAAAACAACAAUCACUGGGAGGCCAAUGAUGAAGUUUGAGAGUGGAUAUGAAGUGGAGACGGUUUUCGAUGGGAGUAAGCUUGGGAUUGAACCUCAUGCUCUUGAGGUUUUGCCUAAUGGAGAGCUUCUUGUUCUUGAUUCUGCUAAUAGCAAUCUUUACAAGAUCUCUUCCUCAUUAUCUCUAUAUAGUAGACCGAAACUGGUUGCUGGAUCGCCUGAUGGGCAUUCGGGACAUGUAGAUGGGAGGCUUAGGGAAGCUAAAAUGAACCACCCGAAAGGUCUUACGGUUGAUGAUAAAGGAAAUAUAUACAUUGCUGAUACUGCCAACAUGGCAAUUAGGAAAAUAAGUGAUACAGGGGUGACUACCAUUGCAGGAGGAGGGAAAGUGGGCCGUGGUGGCCACGUAGAUGGACCGAGUGAAGAUGCUAAAUUUUCCAAUGAUUUUGAUGUGCUCUACAUCGGUAGUAGUUGUUCUCUUCUUGUUAUAGACAGAGGAAACCAAGCCAUCCGUGAGAUCCAACUGCCGUUUGAUGAUUGUGCUUAUCAGUAUGGAAGUGGUUUCCCAGUGGGGAUCGCAGUGUUGGUUGCAGCAGGAUUCUUCGGUUACAUGCUUGCGUUGCUGCAGCGCAGAGCUGGUAGCAUGCUUUUCAAUCAAGUCGAUGAACCACAAACAACGAUGAAACCAAGCAUGACUCCAACACCACCAUACCUGAAAUCAACUGUAAGGCCGCCACUAAUUCCGUCAGAAUAUGAGCCGGAGAAACAAGAUGAGGGUUUCAUUGCAUCUCUUGGGAAACUCAUGGCCAAUGCAACGUCAUCAUUCUCAGAAAUCUUGUCAAAUAUCUUCCCGGGCUUCAAAAAGAAACAACUUAACUAUCACUACCAAAAUCAACCACCGUUUCACCAAAACCACAAGUAUGGGUCAAACCCGUGGCCUGUUCAAGAUAGCUAUGUGAUCCCUGACGGAGAUGAGCCGCCCCCAUCUAUUGAGACCCGAACCACGACCCCAAACCCGACCCCGAAAAAAACAUACCCAUUUAUGACAAACGAUGCUUCUGAAAAAAUACAACAGUUUCGUCAGAGCCGCCAUCUUUACAACGGGUGGGACCGUGAAUCUCAACAACCGCAACAACAGCAACAUCACAACAGAUAUUAUUCUUCGAUAGCGGAAACUUAUUAUGAACAAAGUACAGAGAAAACGAAUGAGAUUGUAUUUGGAGCAGUUCAAGAACAAGCUGAAUCAAUGGUGAUAAAGCCAUUAGAUCAUGGGAGUUCGGUUUAUGAUCAUCGUGGUAAGAUAAGCAGCUCUCGCUCUCGUUCUCGGCCUCGUUCUCAUUCUCGUGGUUUUGCUCAUGUUGAUUAAUUAGUUGUGUGAUAAUAAAACAGUAAACUGGAAAUUAUUUAUUUGAUUGUGAUAAGUAAUUUUGGAAUGUUUAAGAAUAUAGUAAGUAGUAGGGUUUUGUAUGGUGCAGCAUUUGUUGGAGGAAGAAGAAGAAGAAGCUCCCCUUGUUAUGAAAAGUGAAUAUUAUUUUUUUUUCCUGCAAAACAAUGGUUUUUUCUUC